AUGGGACUCCUAUCCAGACGGACAGCCAUGCUCCUGCUGGCAGCGCUCCUGCUCUCUCUGGCCAGCGUCGCCCAAGGAUUUAAACCAAUGUUUUCAAAAGAUUCAACCACCCAUCGGGAAAUCACCAUUCGUGCAGUCCUCCAAAAGACGGCCGAGGUCUGCCGGGACAUGGCUGCCGCCGAGGGUCGAGACUUCAGCCUGACUAUCGACGACAGCCUUACGCCGGAAAGAGUGCAGGAGGCCUGUUUGCCAUCAGGAAAAGACUCCUCUAUUCUCUCCACCGUCAUGUUCCACACUUCUCUUCACACCAUGACCUUGAGCAACGCGUUAGUGGACCAGGUGUACAUGCUCAGCGCAGUGCGCCACUUUGACGACGAGACCAUCCAGGGUGGACGUGACAUCAUCACAACAGGUGUGGCUGCUGUGAAGCGAAGUGUGAAGCAAGAGGACUUCAUAGCAGGUCGCCGGACCCUUGGCGCUACCUGCCACACCCUCCAGGACUUCUACAGUCACAGCAACUGGGUGGAGCUGGGGAAGACCUCACCGUACAGCAAGCUGAUCCAACCUGACCAACCUCUGGACAAUCUGGCAGGUCCUGAUGUUCCCACCUGUAGAAACUGCGCAGGAGAUAGUUGUGAUGACAACAUUCUGCCGGAGCUGCUGAACCUGGGACUCAUCACGACUGGUUAUUUUAGCCUGUUCUCCUCAGUGAAACCUCCAGGGAAAUGCAGCCACGGUGGGUUUUUUGAUAGGACGAGCAGACGGGACCCGGUUGGGGGAAUAAACAAGGAUACAAUGGGGUCCAGCCACGGUUCACUUCACCCCAAGGCAGCCGAUCUGGCUGUGAAGGCAACCAUAGAACUUUUGGGGGACAUCAGAUUGGCCGUGGGCGACAAGGCUUUUCUCCAAUUGGUGGGCCUCUCCCAGUCCUCCGUGCUGUGUUUCGUCAUCGACACCACAGGCAGCAUGAGCGAUGACAUCGCCGAGGCAAAGAGAGUUUCUUUUGACAUCAUUGACAGGAAGAAGGGAACGUCCCAGGAGCCGUCUGCCUACAUACUGGUGCCUUUCAAUGACCCGGGUUUUGGACCUCUAGUGACGACAACUGAUGCAGAAAUCUUCAAAGCCAGCAUUAACAAACUGACUGCCAGUGGAGGAGGGGACAACCCCGAGAUGUGUUUGUCUGGAUUACAGCUGGCCCUGACGGCAGCGCCACCUUCCUCUGACAUUUUUGUCUUCACCGAUGCUCCUGCUAAAGACGCUGAUCUGAAAAGCACAAUCACUGCACUGAUCGAGAGCACCAAGUCUGUGGUGACGUUCAUGUUGACGAGCGUAUUUGCAAGACGACGGCGCAGGGACAGCCAGGGUGUGGCCCCACGUUCAAUUGGUCCAGCAGGCGUUGAGCUUUACCGUGACCUGGCCAGAGCCAGUGGUGGUCAAACCAUCGAGGGCUCUAAGUCUGACCUUGCAGCUGCAACAGCUGUGAUACAGGACUCGUCCGCCAGUGCAGUGGUGACAGUUUUUCAGGCAGUGAAGAAGCCUGGAAGUCCAGAUACUUUUACGUUUACUGUUGACGAGUCACUUCAAAACCUGACGGCCUACAUCACAGGAGCCUCAUCGCUGACUUUCAUCCUUACGAGUCCCUCAGGUGCAUCUCAGACGUCUAGUGAGACCAGUGGCCCACUGGCAUCAAUGACAACCGCAGGAAACCUCAGGCGUCUGAGCCUCAGCACCGGCAACCAAACAGGAUUAUGGGAAGUCAGCGUGAAUUCAAACGACCCCUACUCUGUUAAAGUGACAGGUCAGAGCUCAGUGAACUUCAUCUUUAACCUUGUGGAGGUGUUUGAAGGAGCUCAUGGGGACUUCAGUCUGAAGGAGGGACGACCUUUCGCAGGAGGGAAUAUCAGCCUCAUGAUCACAGUGACUGGAAGCGACUCGGUGAAGGUCACAGAGGUCACUCUUUUUGACAGCUCAGGGCCAACACAAGUUAAUGGAACACUGGAGUCUUUAGGUGGCGGCACCUUUCUAGCACGGUUCAACAAUGUCCCGGCAGGAGAGUAUGUGGUGCGUCUGAAUGGGGAAGAGAGCGGUUCCAUAUCCAGGGCAUCAGCGAGCAGCUUCCAGAGACAAGCCUCCACACAGAUGAAGACUUCCAGCAUCUCUGUCACCGCCGACGUGAGCAACACCAGCAUUGAACCAGGAUCCACCAUCUCCAUACCUUUCACGGUUGCCUCCAUGGCCAACGGAGUGGUCAAUGAGUCUGCGACAGGGACGUUCAAAGUACGAUCCAACAACGACCGCAGCUUCCCAUCUUCCUCACCCAGCUCUGUUACUGUUGAGGCUGGAAGCGGAGGGAAAGCCAAUGGCACCAUCACCGUAACGGUGCCCUCCAGUGCUGCAUCAGGCUCUGACCUGACUCUGACUAUUGAGGCAGAAAACGCAGAUGCUAGUGACAUCAACUACGCUGUGGUGCGGUUCUCCAUCACUGCCAAGGUGACGGACGUUGACCGGCCAGUGUGCCAGGUGGUCAGCAGAGCCAGCUGCCCCAGCCACUCGUGUUCCUCAUCACAGUGGGAAUUCAUCGCCAACAUCACUGAUGGCAUCAAUGGCACUGGCAUCGACAGCGUUCGACUCCGCCAAGGCAACGGGACACUCAACGUCAGCUCUGUCUCCGGCGCAGGAGGCGAGAACAUCACUGUGGCUUCCUAUAGCGCCUCCUGCUGUUUCCAGAGUGUGGAGUUGGUCGCUGUGGAUCGAGUGGGUAACGUGGGCUCUUGUGUGGGUCAAGCUCGAGCACUGACCACUGCUGCCCCCACCACCACAGCUCCUGCCACUACAAAUCAGACAGAGGACACAGGCGCGGCGGAUGACUGCAACUUCCCACUCACAGUUGUGAGCGACUCACACAUCUCCAGCUCCACCACCAGUCCAACCUGGAGUCGUGCUGAGCUAAAGGCCAGACUCCCUGCACACAAAUACCUGGAGAGACGACACACAGUAGCAAUACAUGAGUACAUUCUGCUCAUAACUGAUGGCGACGAACAGAAAGACUCCAUGAAGAUGAAUGAGACUGGCGUCUUCAUCCAGGACUUCUACAGUCACAGUAACUGGGUGGAGCUGGGGAAGACCUCACCGUACAGCAAGCUGAUCCAACCUCUCGACAGUCUGGCAGGUUCAUAA